CGCUUAAGAAGAAAUUCAAGCAAGGUGGCUCCGCCAAAACAUAUAUAGCCGUACAAGACGUCUUCCCAAAUCCUAAUUCCGAUUCCAUUCGAGAAACCUUACAGCUCCGAUCAGUCCACCAUUCUCCUUCCUCGCAAGAAUGUUCAGGAACAAGAUCUUGGUACGAGCCUACCUCCCGUCCCCAUCGUUCCAUCAUUUUCUCCUCGUCCAACUCUCUCUCUCCGAUUCUUCCUCCCCGAUCGAGAUCGAAGCCCUUUGCUGGAAGCUCUCACGGCGGUGGCGCCUGGCCUGCUUGCAUCCAUCGCCGUCCUCCAUCUUCAUUAGCUACCAGAGAAGUCAGACUGAAGCGGCAGCCCGGGUCGUAGAGGAACUAACCAAAACCCUAGCCGUUUGCAAUGUGGAGGAGGAAGUGGAGGUUGUGAGAUCCGCAAUUCUGAUUGCUAGUGUAGUUGAAUGUUGGUUAAGAUCAUUAAUGCUGGAGAAGAACUGGGGAUGCAUUGGAGACAGUACAUUUGUGAACUCUACUUUUGCCAGUGAUGAGGAGAAAAAAUAUUUUCAAGCGCUUAAUGUGGUACCAUACAUAUGUGAUAAUUUUAUAAAAUGUCAUUGUUCCGCCAGUAAAUUUUCAGCUGUCAAGCUAGUUUUCUUUGAAUGUACCGCAUUAGUCCUCAUAUAG